UUUCAUCACUUCACUUCUCACCUCAUCUGUUAUCUCCUUCCCUUCCCUUCCCUUUCCACAUACAGAUUGAGUUUCAGAUACGUUUCUCCAAAUGAACGAUUACUACUUAACCUUCCCCUACGGGAUACUUCUCGUCUGCGGCGGCCUCAUCGGAUACGCCAGGAAACGCAGCACACCGUCGCUCAUCGGCGGCCUCGCCACCGGAUUGCUCCUCCUCCUCGCUGCUUAUCUCAGCCUCCAAGCUUACAACAAGCAAACCAACUCUUACAUCGCGUUGAUCCUUCAAACUGUUAUUGCUGCUAUUUUAACAUGGAUCAUGGGAAAUAGAUACUUUCAAACUCGGAAGAUAAUGCCAGCUGGAAUCGUUGCUGGAAUCAGUGCUGUGAUGACCCUUUUUUAUAUUUACAAAAUCGCAUCCGGCGGGAACCAUGUUGCCCUGAAGGCUGCUGAAUAGCGGCGUUAAUGGUUUCUUCCCCUCUGUUAUUUCAGUACGUAUAAUGUAAAUAUUUUGUUGUGCUUUCGAUGAUUGACAAUAUUUAACGAUACUAUCCUUAGAUGAUUUUAAAUAAAGAUUAAUGGCUUUGGUUGGUUCA